AUCUUUGCACUUUUUAGCUAAUGGGCUGUUAUAAAGCUUGUAACUUUAGCUUGGUUGGAAACUUUCUACUUCUAUAACAUCAAAAGAUUGUUCUUGAUUUGAUGUUAUGCUUUGGUGAAACAUCGCUGCUAAACAGUCCACAGAAUAUGAUUGAUGCGAUGUCUGAAUUAUUUGCCAAUUUGUCACUAAAGCCAAUUUGAAAUUUCUAUGCUGAAGUUUAUUGUUUUAAGAGCAAUGAAGAUGAAACCCGCCUUGCAUUGUCUUAGAACUUUGAUUACCUAGCUUUCUCUUUUGUCAAUUAACCUAUCUUUUCUUUUCAUUAUCUCUUUCUCACCUUUAUUUUGGUUCUUGUCUAUGUCUCAUUGUCACCGUUAACACCAUAUCGCUUUCUUUCUACUCAUUUUUUAUUUAUUUAUAUUAAUGUCAAGUUAGAUAUGUGAUCUUCUUUAGGAAAAAAUGGUUGCCUUUAUGAUGGUUUAGCAUGACUACAACCAACAGAUUGUGAUGUUUGGUUCUUGUCAUGGGUUAUAUGUAUGUUACCAAAUGCUACAUGCUUUAGUGGCAAGCAGACAAGCAUAUAGCAGGUUAAGACAUCAAGAUUCUGGUGUCCUGUUUAUAUUUCUUGUAUAAAGUACAGUGUUUCUGCUUUUGAAUCUCUUUCCUCAAAUAUUUUUCUUCUUGUUCUUUGCUAUGGAGUUUUGGUUAGUUUAUUAUAUUUUCUUGCUGUUUGAGGUUUGGCUAUCAAUUUUUAUGAUAUCAUGCCAUUCCAUCUCUCUGAAUGCUUCUCCAUUUCCAAGCAGCUUUCUCUUUGGAACUGCAUCUUCUUCUUACCAGUUUGAAGGAGCUUACUUAAGUGAUGGCAAAGGCCUCAACAAUUGGGACAAUUUCACUCACGAGCCUGGUAAUAUCUUAGAUGGAACCAAUGGAGACAUCUCUGCGGAUCAUUAUCACCGAUAUCUGGAAGAUAUGAAUCUCAUGGAAGAUAUUGGAGUCAACAGCUAUCGUUUCUCCAUAUCAUGGGCAAGAGUCCUACCUAAGGGGAGAUUUGGACAUAUAAACCAGGCUGGAAUCCAUCAUUAUAACAAGUUUAUCGAUGCCCUUCUUCGUAAAGGGAUUCAACCUUUUGUUUCGUUGACCCACUUUGACAUUCCUCAGGAACUCGCGGAUAGAUAUGGAUCUUGGCUAAGUCCUGAAGUGCUGGAAGACUUCAAAUAUUAUGCAGACGUAUGUUUCAGAUCCUUUGGCAACAGAGUUAAAUACUGGACCACCUUCAAUGAGCCCAAUGUUGCAGUAAUUCGUGGUUAUAGAUCAGGGAUUUUUCCACCAGCUCAUUGCUCCGGCUCAUUUGGGAACUGUAGCAGUGGAGAUUCAGACAGAGAACCUUUUAUCGCAGCCCAUAACAUGAUCCUAUCACAUGCAGCUGCUGUUGAUGUUUACAGAACUAAAUACCAGAAAGAACAAGGUGGCUGCAUAGGAAUUGUUAUGAAUGCCAUAUGGUAUGAACCCAUCAGCAAUUCUUUAGAAGACAAAUUAGCAGUUGAGAGAGCUCAAGCUUUCUAUUUGUACUGGUUCCUAGACCCAAUUAUACUAGGAAAAUAUCCUUCAGAAAUGCAUGAAAUUUUAGGAGUUGAUUUGCCUGCAUUUUCAAACCAUGAACUGGAGAAGCUGAAGAGUGCACUGGACUUCAUCGGCAUAAAUCAUUAUAGUAGUUUUUACAUAAAGGACUGCAUAUUUUCUGUCUGCAACCAAGGUCCAGGAAUAACAAAAGCAGAAGGUUUUGCUUUGCGGACUGCAGAAAAGGACGGUUUCUUCAUUGGCGAACCUACCUCAAUUGACUGGCUAUACAUUUAUCCAAAAGGAAUGGAAAAUAUAGUGACAUACAUAAAAGAAAGAUACAACAACAUACCAAUGUUCAUCACAGAAAAUGGAUUUGGUGAGAAGGAAAAUCAUAGUACCAGCAUGAAUUUUUUACUCAAUGAUGUCAAGAGAGUGGAGUAUCUGAGCAGCUACUUGGAGUCUCUCGAAACGGCAGUGAGGAAAGGAGCAGAUAUACGAGGGUACUUUGCCUGGUCAUUGCUUGACAACUUUGAGUGGAGAGAUGGAUAUACAGUAAGGUUUGGGCUUUACCAUGUCGAUUUUUCCACUCUCAAGAGAACCCAAAAACUAUCAGCAACUUGGUACAAGGACUAUAUAUCCACCCAUAGGGCUAACAAUAGCUGCAUCUGAGCAUAACCCUCAAUGUCAUAUUUUGUCUCCUGAAGUGUUAUGCAAAUAGGCAUUCUAAAAUUAUGUUCAAAUGCAAGUGAAUUGUACAUAGUUUAUUCCAAAGCAAUAUAUCACUGUUUGCUGAAAAGUUGUGGAGAGGACCAGUCAGUAUGAUAAUUUAACAAAUAAUAUGAUAUCAAUCUAUAAAGAUUUUGCUUCUUCGUUUCUUGGCACUA